AUGUCGGUAUCGCUGCUGCUGGGGGCGAUGGAGGAAAACGGCACCGCCAGCGGCGCUUCCGAUGUGACGCACGCCUCCUACACAGAUCGCCCAGAAGCCGACGGCGAGGGGGAAGCGCCCGUCGACGAUUCCCCGUACUACACCGUCUCAAAAUCUUCUACCUCCUCCUCCUCUUCCUCCUCUACGUCUUCGCAAACAAAGCAGCAGCCUCGAUCUUCCUCCCGCCUCAGUGCCCGACGUAGCCGGCAGGCCGAGGCCGAGCGUAGCGCCUCUUCCACCGCCGACAUUGCCACCAACGGCGGCAGCAGCGGUGGCGAUGACGACGGAGCUGCUGCGACUGCUGGCGGUGCGGCGGUGCCGCUGUGGCGGCAGCUGCGUGCGGCGUCGGACGAGGCGCGCCGAAAGAGCCCCCUGGGCGCCAAGGACCGGGAGGCCAAGCUGGCCAAGCAGCAGCGCAUCCUGCAGCACAUCGCCUGGACGCGGGCCGAGCAGGACCUGCCCCCGGUCUUCGCCAUCCUGCGCGGACCCACGCUCCGACCCUACCGCAUGGAGGAGCUCUCCCUCACCCUCGGCCGCGUCACCCCUCACCACCGCGACGCGGACCUGGCGCUGGACGCGCACAACGCCAAGAUCUCGCGGGUGCACGCGCGCAUCGUGUACGACCGGGGCCUGAGCUGCUACUGCAUCAUCAACCUCUCCAAGAACGGAGUGCGUGUGCGGCAGGGCGACGCGUUUGUGAGUUACGCGGAGGUGGGGCUGCCGGUGCCGCUGCCCAACCCGGCGACGAUCGACAUCCAGGGCACCCUCGUCUACUUCCAGGUCUUUUACAUCUCCUCCACCCCGACCAGCCACUUUGCCGCGGCCCACGACGAUGCCGACUUCACCAAUAAGCGGAAGCGCGGGCAGGGCGUGACGUAUUCGGAGAUGAUCCAAACGGCCCUCCGCGCCCUCGGCGGGGCCGCCACUCAGCCCAAGAUCUCCCGCUACAUCCAGGAACACUUCAAGGAGGACAUUGCGGGUCGUGCGACGUGGCGCAAUUCGGUGUCGGGCGUGCUGUCGGCGAAUCCGCUGUUCAUCCAGGAGGCCAUCAUCAGCGAGGGCGGUAAGAAGGACCGCAAGUCCCUCUGGCGGCUCAAGGGCUUCCCGCUAGCGGGCAGGGCCGCCGCCGCCGCCUACAAGGACGACUUCGAUGAUGACGAUGACGACGAGGAGGACGAGGACGAGAGCGCGCUGGUCAUGGACGAAAAUGACGACGACGAGAGUGACGAAGACGACGAAGACGAAGACGACGCGAGGCCAGAGAAGAGGAGCAGACCAGACGAGGGUGAACAGUGA